AUGGAUUCCACGUCUCUGGAACCUUCCCUCUACACAGUGAAAGCAGUUUUCAUACUUGACAAUGAUGGCAACAGACUCCUGUCAAAGUACUAUGACCCUGAGCUGUAUCCCACCACCAAGGAGCAAAGGAACUUCGAGAAGAACAUUUUCAACAAGACCUACAAAGCUGACAAUGAAAUUGCUUUCCUGGAGGGAAUGACCAUAGUCUAUAAGAACAGCAUAGACCUUUUCCUCUAUGUGGUCGGAAGCUGUCAGGAAAAUGAGCUGAUGCUGAUGUCUGUUCUCAACUGCAUGUAUGACUGCCUUAGCCAAGUUCUGAGAAAAAAUGUGGAGCUUAGGUGUCUCCUCGAAAACAUGGAAGGAGCCUUUCUCAUUGUUGAUGAAAUCGUUGAUGGGGGCGUGAUCUUGGAGAGUGAUGUCCAACAAGUCCUUCAAAAGGUCAAUUACAGGGUUGAUGAAACUUCAUUAUCUGAACAAAGUGUAGCUCAGGUCUUGCAGUCGGCCAAGGAGCAGAUCAAAUGGUCCAUCCUCAAAUAA